AUGUAUCGGAAGUUAUCUAAGUUAGAACACUCGGAAAUAAAACAACUUCUUACAGAAGCUAACAUAGAUGUUGCAAAACAUUACGCGACAAACAAAAAAGCACUCGCUGACAUCCUCAAUGACUACAAUGGUGAAAUAACUUAUGAUAGAAUUCAUGAGUUCAUAAAUGCAAGAGCAUUUCCUUUAAAUGACGUUGCUAUUGACUUAUAUCAUAGACGUUCAGUACCUCAUGAAGUAAGAAGAGAAAUGUUUGACAUAACAAAUGCGAACGUUGGUCAUACUCGUAAAGCUCUUUCGCAUGAUGUUCGUCAAGAGAUGUUUGAACUUACGAACUCAAACGUUGGUGAAACACGAAAGAGAGACGACACACUGAAACAACAGAGAAGAGAGAUGUUUAAAAGUGCUAUAGAACAAGUUCGCAAAGCUAACGAUGUCAUUCGUUCCAUUGACGACAAACCAAAAGAAGGUGAGAGAUGGUUAAAGAAAGAUGAAGAGAAUAGGAAGAGAAAUGUGAAGUCAGGCAAUAGACUCAUUGACUUUAACAUCGAAGCUUUAGAUGAACCAAACAGAGACUACUUACACAAACAUUUCGGUAAGGUUUUCAUGAGACUCUUAGAGAAGAUUAAAAUAAACUCCCAACAAAGAUGGAUGGUAUGUUAUAAACUUGGUGGAAAGUAUGAAUGUUCUACGUUAAACCUCAAUAAUAUUGGAACAUUACUACAUCAGCUCUUGAAGGAGAACUUUAUAUCAGAGAUAGAAGCAAAUGCUGCAGGUAUUGUUGAAAUGCACUAUGACUUCUUCUUGACAAACAUAAAGAAUCUUACUGAAAUAAAGAUGUAUGAUUUAACAGAAUAUGAAGGCUUAACGAUGUCAGAU